AUGUCGCCCCGCAUAGUGGACAGUCGACGGCAGGUCCGCGCCGACAAGGGACUGUCAGCCGAGCUGCCUUGCGCGGCCCAGGGCGAACCCGUGCCCGUGUACCAGUGGUUCCGAAAGGUGGCCGUGACUGACGCAGGUCUCUACACCUGCUUCGUCAACAACACGUCGGGUUCGGACACGGUGGACACCGAGCUACAAGUGUCCGCGUCGCUGUCAGUGACCAUUCACCCUCGGAACCAGAAGGCGGACGUGGGGAGGCCCGCAAGCUUCAACUGCAGCGUGACGGGCCAUCCGGUCACCAGCGUGGAGUGGUACCACAACCAGAAGCCGCUGUCGAGGGGCUCCAGCCACUCGCCGUACAGCGUCACCAUCCCGUCGGUGCGGCGAGAGGACCGGGGUGUCUACCAGUGCUACGCCUACAACGAGGAGGAGUCGGCACAAGCGGCCGCUGAACUCUCGCUGGCCGACGAUCCUCCGAUCCUCCGAGAAACCUUCACGGAACGCACGCUCUCCCCCGGUCCUUCCAUUUCGCUCAAGUGCAUCGCUGCGGGGAGGCCGCUCCCUCAGGUCACGUGGUCGCUGGACGGACUUCCGGUUCCGGAAAACGGUCGCUUCCGAAUGGGUGACUACGUCACGAGUGACGGGAGCGUCGUGAGCUUCGUCAACAUCUCGGCGGUGAGGGCCGAAGAUGGCGGUCUGUACCGGUGCAGCGCCGGAAAUGACGUCGGCGUCUCCGAGCACGCCGCCCGGGUCAACAUUCACGGCCCGCCCUUCGUGCGGCGCAUGGGCAACCUGUCCGUGGUGGCGGGAGAGGUGCUGAGCAUCACCUGUCCCGUCGGAGGACAUCCUAUCGACUCCAUCACCUGGGAAAGAGAGGGUCUGCGGCUCCCAUACAACCACCGGCAGAAGGCUUUCCCCAACGGGACCCUCCUGGUGCAAGACGUGGAGAGGGCAACGGACGAGGGCCUCUACUCGUGCACGGCCAGGAACAAGGACGGAUUGUCCGCCCAAAACAGCGUAUCUGUCAGGGUUCUGGUGCGGCCGGCCAUUGUGCCCUUCUCGUUCCCGGAGUCCCUGCACCAGGGGCAGCGCUUCAACGUGCUCUGCACAGUGUCCAAGGGCGACUCUCCGAUCCACAUUGCCUGGUACAAGGACGACGCGCCCGUGGCCACCACGGGUGCAGCGGCCGUCAGCGUGCUCAACGUCACCCAGUUCUCGUCGACGCUCAUCUUCGACAAGCUGGUUCCCGAGCACCGGGGAAACUACACCUGCGAGGCGCGAAACCAGGCGGGACUGGUUCGGGCCACCUCCACAAUGGUAAUUCACGUGCCUCCAAGAUGGCGGAUAGAACCAUCAGACUCUAUAGUGGUCAAAGGAGGAACGGCAAUCAUCGACUGCCAGGCCGAUGGUUUUCCUGUUCCGCGAGUUCGCUGGACAAAAUCUGAAGGUGUGCGUCUCACAGGGAACGAACCGGGAGACUACAGGGCCAUCAGCAGCAGCUCGAGAAUCCACGUCUUCGAGAACGGGUCCCUCGCCGUGCACAACUCCGACGAGAAGGACGCGGGCUUCUUCCUGUGCCAGGCGUCGAACGGCAUAUCGCCCGUCCUCAGCAAAGUGGUCAAGCUCUCAGUCCACGUGGCAGCCCACUUCAAGUCGAAGUUCAAGGCUGAGAGUGUUCAGAGAGGACAUUUGGUGAAGCUAAAGUGUGAGGCCUUCGGUGACAAGCCUGUUAUCAUAACGUGGACGAGAGACAAGCAACCUUUUGACCCAAAAGAAGAUCCCAGGUACGAACUUAACGAAACUCUAUUCUCUGGAGGAAUCGUGUCGGAAAUCACGAUCCGCGGUGCCGAUCGACGAGAUUCUGCCUUAUUCACGUGCUUAGCGCGUAACUCGUAUGGCACCGACGACACUAACAUGCAGCUGAUACUUCAAGAACCCCCGGACAGUCCUCAGGAGGUAAAGCUUUUAGAAUACGGCAGCAGACAUGUCAAGUUGUCUUGGGUAACGCCUUACAGUGGAAACAGUCCCGUGGUCAAGUACGUCUUGCAGUACAGGGAGGACUCUGAGUCUUGGCACCACAAGUCUAUGAACAUCAGCGUUCCCGGAUCCGAAACUAGCGCCGAGAUUAGAGGCUUGCAUCCGGUAACCCUGUACGUCAUCAGAAUGUUUGCCGUCAAUUCCUUGGGACACAGCGAACCCAGCACGGAAACGCAUGUCCGAACAGAUGUCGAAGCUCCUGGAGGACCGCCGUUGAAAGUUAGGGCGGAAGCGACCGGGUCCCAGUCAAUCAAAGUAUGGUGGAAGCCCCCUAGAAAGGACGUACAAUUCGGAGCUCUCAAGGGGUAUUACGUCGGCUACAAGGUCAAGGAUACAACGGAUACCUACGUAUACAAAACCCUCGAAAUCACCUCUUCUAACUUUCACGACGAGUGUCAUAUCACCAGCUUAAAACGUAACACAGACUACAGUGUUGUAGUGCAAGCGUUCAACGCCAAGGGUGCAGGCCCACCUUCUGAAGAGAUCUUCGUUAAGACGCUCAAGAAUGAUCCUCCCACGUCACCGUCAUUGAAAGUAAGCUCUUCAACGUCUUCCUCAAUUGUGGUUUCCUGGAAGGCAACGGAUCUAAACGAUAUUCUUGGAUAUGCGCUGCACGUCAGAAAGGAUUUCGAAGAGUGGUACGAAGUCAACGUACCACGGAAUGUUGUAGAAUAUAACGUUGAAAACUUGUCUUGUGGAGCCUCCUAUCAACUGUACUUGGCAGCUUACAACUCGGUGGGCAGAGGAGGGCCGAGUAAUAUUAUAUCUGCGAAAACCGUUGGAGUUGCUCCUGUGGCACCUGACAAACCUUCACUUAUCACCGUCAAUAUGACUUCGAUCACAAUUCAUUUGGAUUCCUGGCAUGAUGGAGGGUGCGCCAUCAACGCAUUUGAGGUUCGGUUCCGUCGUCAGAAAGACCGGGUAUGGAAUGUUGUUGGUCAUAACAUCACCCCGGACCAAAAAGUUGUUGUCCUGAAUGAUCUCAUCCCUGGAGUGCCAUACCUGCUGCAAGUAAUCGCAAAGAACGCGGCUGGAGCUACGGAGGCUGAAUACGACUUUCUAACUUUACCACCAAUACAAGAGUCAGCCACGCCCUCGCUCGUCAUUGAGAGUGAAGGAACGCCAUUUUACCUUGAGCUGGGAGUCAUCCUUCCAGCAAGCAUAUCGCUUAUUGUGGUGCUCGCUGUCGGAAUCCUUGUGUACGUUGUUCUACGCAAGCGCUACUCUUCUGGGAGCUCCAAUAGCGGAAGCUCAGCCUACGGAUCACGCAAGAGCCACCUGCAAGAAUGUCUGCAUCUGUCCGAAGUGGACAAGAGUCUGGGCAAGAAGAGCAUGUCUCUCGAGGGAAGGCUAGAUUACUACCCGACCCCUUACGCCACCACCCGCGUCACUGACAUAGACGAGCGGAAGCUGUCCGAGUGUUCAUACAAGCAGGCCCAGGACGAGCCUCUUUACGCCACAGUGAAGAGGACGCCUAGGCCCCCAAGAUCUGAUAUCCACGUGUACAACUAUCCUAUCAUAAACUCUAUGUCAGAUGUCGCGGACCGGCGACCGUCGUCUAGCCACUGGAAAAUGGCUACAGCCAUAGUCAAGUUGGAUGACGGAACAGACGGCUUAGAAGUUAACCACUCGCCUUCAAAACGACUGAAUAGGAUAUCGCAUAGGUGAAAGUCAACACAGGAGACAAGGGCAAAACCACGUUCCUACUACAAGUCGGGAAGCCAAAGAUUCUUCUAUUUUCAGCAGGCACAAGCUGCUUAAAUGCUCAGAGACAACGUGUUCAAACCCAUGGAGUGUUCCGGUGAUCCGCAACGCAAC